CCUCUGUGCUCCGGCCACAUCGUCGGUCACUUCUCUUUUUUUCUUUCAUUGAGCGAAAGAGACGUAUCUUUCUCCCCUGCUCGUCAAAGCUUGGUCCUCAUCUUUGGUCAUAGAAGAGCGGUGAAGAGAAUCCAAAGGAAGAAGAAAACAGCAUUCCCACAUCUAUCAAAACAUAACCAGGAGGAAAUCUAUAGAAAAUAAGGAACCAGUGACUCUCUAAGGCGGCGAAGUACCACCAACAAGAAGAAGUAUGUCGGGCGGCGUGGGGCCGGUGAACAAAGACAUCCGCCUGCCGGACGACGAGUUGCCUCCUCCUCCUUCUCCUUCUCUGCCGUCCAAGUACACUCCCCGGUUCUUCCACCUUCUCUCCUUCCGCCAACUCAACGCUUUCGCCGUCAUCGUCGUCCUCGCCUUCGGCGGCCUCGUCUCCAUCUCCGACGUCACCUUCCUCCUCUUCUCCUUCGCCUACACCACCUUCAUCGCCCGCUUCGCCUUCCCACCUCGCGUGGACCACCUCCGUGCCCCCGGCGUCUUCAAACAGGGGAGUAAGCUUCUCGGUCUCUACGUCGCCCUCGGCGCUCUUAUUGGCAUCGUCGCUCCCGUUGUCUACCUCGCCGAGGGCGUAGUCGACGGCGAUAGGGAGGGCGUGAAGGCGGCGGCGCCCCACCUGUUCCUUCUUUGCAGUCAGGUGCUGGUGGAGGGAUGGGUCGACUCCGGCAGGUAUUCGCCAGCAGCCAGAUCCUUCGUCCCGGUAUACUACAACGCCAGAAGGGUGUCGGCAGUCUACGACUGGGUAGUUGCGGAGCUUCAGAAGGGGCUUGGCCACGUGCGCUCGCCGCUUCGGCUGCAUAUCGGUCGGGCUCUCGCCGUCGCCAACUUGGGCUUCUGGUGCUUCAAUCUCUUCUUCUUCCUCUUGCCCGUCUACCUCCCCCGCGUCAUGAAGUUGUAUUACUUGGGUGAUGCUGCGGAAGACAGGAGCAGAGAGUGACUUUCGCUUUGUUUCACUCUCUGUUUCUCUCGUAGACGGAUCGUUCUGCGGUCGUCAAUGUAAAGUUGGAUGGUUGCUGAUCUUUUUCUUUUUUCACUUUGACAGUUUCUUGAUCUUCUUGUCAGUGAGAAGGAGCCGUUCGGUUCAGCUUUCGCAAGUUCUUCUUCGAUGAGUUCCAUUUACUGU